AUGGACCUACGAGAAAGAAAACCAAGUCCGCGCCAAACGGCUCCGAUCCCGCCGGGACCCAGUCUCAAGGCCCGAACCGGUGCAACCCUGAUCGACAGGAGCCCGAUCCAGACGGAUCUAGCAGCCGACUCCUUCACCGACGCCAUCAGGAGGAUGAAGGCAGCCAAUGAAGCACGGAUGGACAACAGCGACGAAGCCCUUUCCGAAGAAAAUGUCCCCCGCAAGAAGGGGUCACGACGUCCCCUUGUCUCGCAGGCUGAGGAGGACGAGGAGGAGCCGGAGGAGGACCAGAACGAGGACGAGGGAGAGGUCGAGGAUGAGGACGAGGGAGAGGAUAACGCCGAAGGUAGGUGUGAGGAAGAGGACAUCAACCACGUAAAAGGUGAUAGUGAAGAAGACCUAUCGCCCGCCGACGCGCGACGAUUUUUGAAGGCGAUACGCAAAAGCAAGAAGAAAAAUAAAUUCCACGUCCGUGAGGCGGACGCCGACCCCAAACAACUGACCGAGCACUUCAAGACGUGGGGCCGCCAUUGCCACCGGUUGUGUGGCUUGUAUACUGAUAUUCAUAAAACCAUUGUGUGUGGCAUGACCGUGAUGCGCGCAGCCCCCCACGAUGCCGACGAUUAUGAGGCAUGCUACAAGUCCAUCCCGCACAUGAGCCCUGCUACGGCUAGAUUCUAUACGAACAAGUUUUUCCAUCUCUGCGAUGAGAUCCCACUGUUCACGGCCCUCUGCGAGCAUAUACUGCUCAGCCCCGACGAUGUUUUCCUUUUUGCUAAAUAUAUGCAAGUUCACGCCGCCGCUGGUCGCACCACCGACAUUUCAACACUGAAGACAAGUUUCCAUUCGUACUUUCCCUACGUCAUCAUAUCGAACGACUAUGUCAUCCCCCCACCUGCCCCGGGCUCGAUGAGCGACCUCAAGACUCGAAACGGCGGGUACUGCUCAACUGCCACGGGCCGCCUGGUCGUCCCUAUUGACGAACUGGCGAAGUUCAACCUCGAUCCCCCAAAAUACUGCAAGCUCAAGGUCACCCAACACAAGAAGAUUCAAGCAGCAAGCAGCGCGAUGCGCCGCAAGAAGCGCCACCAAGGGGAUCGCCCUCAGCAUAGCGACGACAAUAAUUCUUACCCGAGCUUCCUUUUCCCAACCAACCUCAAGUACGACAACAGACAUCCUGACCGCCACAUUUUCAAGAGCGACUUCGUUCUUUCCGGCCCGUCUGCAGUGGGGCGCACAGGGGGUAUGCGCGGCUUCGGCCGUGCACCCCUUGUUGAUAUAUACAGCAUCACCAAGGUUACUCCCGAUUAUUUAGUAUAUGUCGUCACUCUCCUCCGAUACCUUCUCAGCACAGACGAUCGGUGGAAUGGCGAUGACGGGCAGCGAUCCGGACACUGCUUGCACACUGCCCUCCACCGGUUUCUGACGGUCGGGUACGAGGCGUGGGAACAAGACAUCGAGGACGACUACCUGGAGCCAUCGGAGGAUCCUUUAGAAUGGAAUAUAUUCACAUUCUACAACGACAAGGUUUUCGGAAGCGAAGCGGGCGCUCCAGACCAGCAGGAUCCGGACGCUGAUAUGGAAGAAGAAGGAAACGACUACGAUGACAACGUUCGCGCACAGGUACUCAAAGCCCGCAUGGCGGAGCUCAAGGCACGUCGCGCGCAGCACACGAAGUCUGGCCAUAACGCUUCCCCACAACCGGCUGAUGAUCCACGGUCCCGUUCAUCCUCUUACGAGCUUGUCGACACCAACACACACUUCGUGGAAGUCGCAGGAAGUACAUCGCCCCCUUCCGAAAAUCCGGCCGAGCCCGCCGAUGAUUUGUACGGGUAG